GGAGAUCACGUAAAGAGAAGAAAAUACAAAGCGAAUCGGCAACGUUCAUUUGGUUUAGUCGCAUUUGAGCGCUCGUCGCUGAAAGUUGCUUACAUUUGUUGUUUCGUAUUUUGCGCUGAUCGUGACGAUCUUAGCUUUCCGUUCCGACACAUACGAUUCACAGCUGAAAACGAACUGUUCGGCUUGUAUUUGAGCGCGCCAAAGUGUGACUACACUCAGCAUAUACUCAAAGCGGUUUACUUCAAAGAUUUUGAUUUUUGCUAGUUAAUUGUUUGACCUAAAAGUGAUUUGUUUGAAUUCAAGCAUCAUCGAAGCAAUCAUAAAUUGUUUAAAACGACGAAAAAUAAAGUGUUCAAUUUCAACAGCAAUAAAAAGUUGAUCAUAGCAAGUGAUGAAUAGAAAAACGUUCGGUUCAACCAACGAAAUUCAGUGAGAGAUAGAGCAACCGAAGAAAAAAAAAGGUGAAGAAUAUCAAAAAAAGAGUGCUAAUUUUAAAUAGAUUUGUGGGUGUAAAACACAUACAAUUUUAAAGUAAAGUUGUGAACAGCUGAAGCAUCUCAUCGAUUUCGCUCUUUCGAACAUCCGAGAACCGAAGGGAGACAGAGAGCGGGCAAGCGCACACACACACGAACAAUACGUAUAUGUGAUUUAGGCGUAGCAAAUAUUCAAAUAACUAUAUAUACACAAAAGCCAUUUGAUACGUCAGUUUUUACGCGUACAAGUGGAUAUUCGAAAGCAAUUCUUUUUCGUCGUCGUCGUUGUCGUCAAUUUCAAACGAGAGAUAAACCACCAAAAUGGGAAAAGACUACUAUAAAAUUUUAGGAAUACCGAAAACGGCGAAGGACGAUGAAAUUAAAAAAGCCUACAGAAAAAUGGCACUUCGCUAUCAUCCGGACAAAAAUAAAACCAUUGGCGCGGAAGAGAAAUUUAAAGAAGUGGCCGAAGCGUACGAAGUGCUGUCCGACAAAAAGAAACGUGACAUCUACGACAGAUACGGUGAAGAAGGAUUGAAAGGCAACCAAGGACAAACAAAUGGCGGCAAUUCAAACUUCACAUACCAAUUCCACGGCGAUCCACGUGCCACCUUUGCACAAUUUUUCGGCUCAAGCAAUCCAUUCGCAUCGUUCUUCGACAUGGGCGACAAUUUGUUCGAGAAAAACGUUUUCGAUUUGGACACAGACACAGAUUUCUUCUCACCGUUUGGCGGUUUAGGAUCAAGACAUGGACUUGGCGGUGCAUUUAGAUCACAUUCAUUCAACGUACAUACACCCAAAAAAGAGACAAAGACGCAAGAUCCACCAAUCGAGCACGAUUUGUAUGCGACACUCGAGGAAAUCAACAAAGGCUGUGUUAAAAAGAUGAAAAUCUCCCGGCGAAUACUGCAAGCGGACGGAACGCCGAAAAAAGAGGAUAAAUUGGUGAACAUAGCGAUCAAGCCGGGCUGGAAAUCUGGCACGCGUGUCACGUUCCAAAAAGAGGGCGAUCAAACACAAGGAAAAAUUCCAGCCGACAUCGUCUUUGUCAUUCGCGAUAAGCCACAUCAACUGUACAAGCGAGAAGGAAGCGAUAUUCGAUACACAGCCCGUUUGUCACUUAAACAAGCAUUAUGCGGUGUGGUGUUUGAGGUUCCAACGUUGGUCGGUGACAAACUGCGGAUUAGUACGAUGCAAGAGGUGAUCAAGCCGAAUACAGUGAAACGGAUAACUGGAUAUGGUUUGCCAUUGCCAAAGGAUCCAUCGAGAAAAGGCGAUAUGCUCGUUGCCUUUGACAUCAAAUUCCCCGAAAAGCUAACCGCAUCGGAAAAAGAACUGCUGAGUGAUGUGCUGCCAUCUAUUUAGUUCAAUUCAUACACUCAAUCACAGAGCAUUAAAAACAAAAGAAAAAAAAACACUUAGAAUUAAUUAAACAACAACAAUCAAAAAAAAACAUACAAAAAAAGCCAUUUGAUUAGCCCCACAACGAACAAACAACUCAGAACAUCAACAACAAAAAAAGCGCACAAUCGAAAUAGAAUUAAAAGUUCAGGAGAACAACAACAACAACAAAAUACGUGAUCCAUUAGCAACAAUCAAACCAUGAUGAAUAUAUAUCCGUCAUUCAUUGCACACGGUACAUGCUGAAUUAAAAUGCAUGCAAUUUUGCCAAAGCGGACGAUUGAUUUUUUUUUUCGCUGGUUCGUUUUACUCGCUUUUCAAUAAAUGAUGAAAAUUAAACUGCAAAGUAAAAUAAAAGUUUGUGUGUGUGUGUGUCGUCGCGAGCAAAAAUUUGAUUUUUUGUUUUCGCUGGGUCUGGCAUCGACACAUAAAUAUGUAAAUAGGCAAAAUGUACGAAUUUAAUUGUAAUGAAAACAUCUCCCACCCUCUGCACUGCCUGCGUCCGCGCGUGCUACACUGUACAAUCAUUCGAAAUCACACUCGCAUAUUUUUGUUUCGCUGUAAAUUCGAUGCUUUCAUGUGGAUUUGAAUGGAUAUGCUGGCCAAGUGUUGAUGGUUUGUCAAAUUCGACCAGUUUUUUUUUUCUCUUCUCUCGGGUGAAUCCGUGUGAGCCGAUGCAACUGGGAGCUACAUUAGUACCAGCCACCGCUGGACAUGAGCGCAUGUAUAUGUGUGAGCCGAUUUUCUGUACUAACUUGAUGUCACAACAGAUGACAACCAGUUUAGUAAAUUGAGAAUAUGUUGGAUCGCUAUUUUUUUGCCCAUUUUCGUUACUUUUCCUAUAUACUGAGUGCUAAAACAAACAAAAACUGAGUGCUAUAUGAUGUACUGCGUUUCAAGAUGUCAUACGGAUAACAAGUUGAUUUCAUGACCUUUUUUUCUCUUUCGACUGUUUUUCCAAUUUACUCCCAUGCGCGCGCUUCACUCGCUCUCCCUGGACGAGUGAGUGAGUUUUUUUUUUUUUUCAAUUUCAUUCGAAACGCAAACGAACUUUUGAUUAUUUGUUUUAUAUUUUGAUCAAACGGAAUCAACUAACCCCAACAUGAUGAAGAAUAAUUUUUACAAUUGCAACACAAAUUAAAAAGCAAUCUAGGCAUUAAACAAAUGAUGGAACGUAAACUCUUUUUUUUGUGUGAACAAACACACACACGAAAUAAUUCGUAAUUAAUUUAAAUUAUAUAUUAAUAAUAAUUGUACGAUUGUAACGAUGUAACAAUAACAAUAAAAACUCGGAUAAUAUUCAAA